CGUAUGUCAUACUCGGAACGGAAAACGCGCUACAGACGUCCAUUUGACCAAAGCGCGACAGGCGAGCGCGCGCGUCUCCUCCUAAGCCUUUUACCGAAAAAAAAAAAAAAUUAAAAAACAGCCAUGUUGAAAUAUACCGCGAAAAAAUAUUGCGCUCAAGGCAGCAAGAUCAAUCAAGUUCUGAUUUCGAUUUUAAUGGUUCUUCCGGUAUUCUCGUAUGGUGCAGCGGUGGGAUGGUUGUCCCCCAUGGGACCCCGGCUGAUGGCCUCCGACACCCCUGCCUCGGAACCCGUUCACGCUGACGUAAUAUCCUGGAUGGCUUCCGUGGUUUAUCUGGUUGGUACACCUGCGGUUUUCCUGUUCGGAUACAUCGUUGACAACUAUGGGAGAAAGAAGGCUCUGAUGCUGACCUCGUUUUCAAUGGCUGCAUGUUGGGCUUUAAAGCUGUAUUCCACGGAGACCUGGGCUCUAAUCACGGCACGUGCGAUCAUCGGCUUAGGGGUCAGCGGCUCGUAUGUCGUCACGCCUCUCUACAUCAAGGAAAUAAGUGAAGAUUCCAUCAGGGGGACCCUCGGAAGUCUCGUGGUCUUAUCGCAAAACCUAGGCAACCUAGCCGUUUAUAUAUUAGGCGAAUACCUGAGCUAUUACACGACCCUGUGGAUAUGUUUGGCAGUGCCGCUUUUGCACAUGCUUGUGUUCACGACGAUGCCCGACACUCCGUCGUACUUACUGAAAAGUGGUAAAGUUGAGGAAGCUCGCGAUGCUCUGGCCUGGCUGCGAUGCCGCGAUAGCUCCGAAGCCGAAGUGGACAGCGAGCUGCAGAAGCUGUUAGUUGAGCUGGAACAAAGCAAAUCUGGAAAAUUUGUCAGCGCUGUCAAAACUCUAAUAUCAGACAGAAAUACGUUCCGGGCUUUUCGUAUAACCCUCGUGAUAACUCUGGCUCGAGAGCUUUGCGGUUGCCUAGCCGUGCUACACUUCGCUUCGCUGAUAUUCAGCAAGGCCAGCUCGGGCUGGGUGUUGACUGCGAACCAGCAGGCCGUGGUGCUGGGCGUCGUGCAACUGAUCGGCUCGUGCACCGCAUCGACUCUAGUCGAAAGGACUGGUAGAAAGCCUCUACUCGGCACGACGUGUUUAGUGUCUGGUAUAUCGAUGUGCGCGUUAGGAGCGUGGUUCUACGCGCAGAGCGUCAGCGCCACCGGCGUGUCGUGGCUGCCGAUAGCGGCGUUAUGUUUGUGCAUCUAUUGUGAUGCGGCCGGACUGCAACCCGUGCCUUUCGUUAUCAUGACCGAAAUGUUCUCUUUCCAGCUCCGCGGUACAGUCACUUCAAUAGUGAUAUCGUUCGCGUGUGCUCUAGUAUCGGUUGAGCUCCGCGUGUUCCAACCCCUGGCGGCCUCAAUGGGUCUCCAUAUGGUGUUCUGGCUGUUCUCGGCUGUCUGCAUCAUCAGCACAGUGUACAUAGCUUGCAUGGUGCCGGAGACAAAAAUGCGAACCCUGGACGAGAUCUACACUGAAAUAGGUGGCAAGAAACAGAAGGAUUGCGAGGCAGACGUCACUAAAUUGUAAUCAGAUAUUUCCUUUGCUCUGUUAAAAAUUAAUGUAAGAUAUUAUUUUCAGUACGUAAUCAACUUUAUUGUUCAGUUCCAUAUAAAUAUUGGACUGUUCUAGAUCUAGGCUAAUAAAUUAUAAAAUAUAAAUUCGUAUAUUUUUCGUAACAACAUGGAAUUAUUUUUAUAAAGCUGUAGGUAGGUACAUAUACUAUGAGUAUUGCUGUCUAUAAGAAUAGGUAUUUAUAAAAAUUGACAAUUUUAGACCAACAUUUUCCUUUUUAUUAUUUUUUUUUUUUGACAUUUACGUUCCGUAGUUUAAUCAUAAAUUGAUUAUUGUUAAAUUGUGUACUUGUUAGAAAUUUAUUAAAUUAUUAUUUUUAUUUAUAUUAUUGACUUCACAGAUUUUAGGUUAGAAUUGUAUUGUUAUAUUGAUUUAAAUACUAUUUAUAGUUAUUUUAAUUUUAUUUCCGAAUGUCUCAUCUAAAGUAUCUUACUCCUCUUUUAAGUAAAUAGUUUAAAAACGUUCCUAGUAUGAAAUAUUUCGGCCAUUUUAGCGGGAACAAAGAGUGAUCUGAUAAUGUCUGAAUUGUUUGAAUUUACCACUUUAAUGUUUCUUCAGCCUUGAUCGUGUAAUAAGAAUGUAACUGUACUUGAUUCUUAAGUCAAUUUACGUAUCUGUGGAUUCCCCCCAUUUUACUGAGUUACUAGACUACGUCAGACUAAAAGGUCAAAUAACCAAAAGCCGCAAUGUACUCUUUUUUGUUUUUCAAAAAAUGUGAAGAUUUAAUUAAACUCAAUAAAUGAAACACGCUUA